GGCGGGGUUUUAUUUGGCGUUUUGUUUUUAUAAGGUUUGAGUGUAGUAGGUAGGGCGGGAGAGGCUGUUGGACAGCUAUCUGGGUAGUAGAUUGGGAGAAUGGAUAUUCUGAUGGCAGCCCGCCCGAAGCGGCAGGUACAAUGUGCCACCCUUGUUAGUGGAGCUCUUGGAUUCGCCAGACAGUCGAGCGAGCCUCGGCGUUUAUCGCUCCGACUUCGAUCGUCAUUAUGAAGGUUGGACAACAACUCGAAUUGACGGACGAUUUUUGACGUACCUUUCAUACGAUACUCUUGCGCACACACAAUAACAUUACCGAAAUUGACGAACCUUUUCGCCGACUCAACAAAGGCCGGUCGGUUCUUGCGUUCAACCCGGCAACCUCCAAAUCAUCAACACUACCCUCUAAUAUCAACUCAAUCAAUACUACUCCAUAGUAAUUCAAGUCAAUUCAGACGUACCCAACAUGCCCUCCAACAAAAUUACAGACCUCUUCUCCGUCACCGGCCUCGUCGCCGUCAUCACGGGCGGCGGAAGCGGAUUAGGUCUCUACGCCGCCCGCGCCCUCGAUGCCAAUGGUGCCAAAGCAGUCUACAUUGUCGGUCGCCGGGAGGAAACCCUCCAAGCAGCUGCCAAAACGGGCGUCAACGGGACGAUAAAACCCAUUGUUGGAGACGUCACUGACAAGGACUCCCUCGCCCGGAUCGUGGAGCAAGUGAAGCGGGAGGAGGGGUUCGUGAACUUGUUGUUCGCGAAUGCCGGGGUGGGAGGGCCGAAGGAUGCUGCCAUGGUUGCGGAGGCCAAGAAGGAUGGCAAGUUAAGUCUCCAGGCCUUUCAGUCCGCGCUUUGGGAGAGCGAUCCCGAGACCUACACCAAAGCGUUACAUGUCAAUUGUACGGGUGUUUACUACACCGCCGUCGCGUUUCUGGAAUUGUUGCAUGAGGGGAACGUGCGAAGGAACGUGGCGCAGGACUCACAGAUUCUGAUCACCAGCUCGAUUGCGGGUUUCAGUCGGGCGUUGGCGAGUAGUUUCGCGUAUAGUACCAGUAAGGCGGCGGUGACGCAUUUGGCGAAGAUGUUGAGUACGAGUUUGGCGGGAAACGGGUUUCAUAUAAGGUGUAAUGUCGUUGCACCGGGCUUGUAUCCCAGCGAAAUGACACAAGGCAAGACAUCGACGAUGGACAAAUUCGCGAGUCCGAAGGGACAUGAGGAGGCGUUUGCGGACGCUCACGUCAUGCCCGCCGACCAGAGUCCGGCGCAACGGACGGGCAGCGAGCAGGAUUUCGCUGGAUUGGUGCUGUUCAUGGCGAGUCAGGCGGGCGCAUACUUGAAUGGGGAGGCGAUGGUGACUGAUGGAGGAAGGCUGGCGCAAUUGCCUGCGGUAUAUUAAGUGAGUAAAGGUAGACGGUUGACCGUCUUUUACGUGAUCUAUCUUUCGAGUGGGGUAUCAUUGAGCCAAGACCUGUCUCGCC